GGGUCGGUCGAGGUCCAACAGAAGCCCAAAAUAGUAAUGGGUUGGGUUUCUUAUUUUCGUCGCUACAUUAAUCACUAUUUAGAAAGAAAGGAUAGGCAUCGGAAUUCAGAACUUCCAAAAAGGAAAAAUGGCUUCUCUUCAACACUCAGUUCCGCAUCUAGCUGGUACACGGUUCAAACGCUGUCCGGUUAGCUGCGCUAGCGAAUGCUAGGAGCUUUUUAACCGCAUUGCUCCUGUUUACGAUAAUUUAAAUGAUUUGCUGAGUUUCGGUCAGCAUGGAAUAUGAAAACACAUGGCUGUAUCCUGGGGUGUUGUGGGCAAAAACGGAAGAUUCCGUGUUGGAUUUGUGCUGUGGAACUGGGGAUUUAACGUUCCUCAUGUCCGAGAAAGUUGGUUCCUACGGCAAAGUAACUGGCUUUGAUUUCUCAAAGGAGCAACUAUCAAUUGCUUCGUCACGGCAUUACUUGUUUUCGAAGGUUUGGUACAAUAACAUUGAAUGGGUUGAAGGUGAUGCGCUUGAUUUGCCGUUUUCUAAUGGUUACUUUGACGCUAUAACUAAGGGUUAUGGGCUAUGUAAUGUGGUUGAUAACAGGAUGCGUUUCGAGUUCUAAAGCGAGGUCUAUAGACUAUAGUCAAUCUUCCUUUUCUCUUGUUGAUAAUUAGGUUUUCUUUCUAAUUAAAUUGUAGCCAUAGAUUAAUGAGAGUGUUCUAAAUUUUGCUUAGUUUUUCAGGCUCAAGAGUGUCAAUUCUUGACUUUAAUAAAAGCAUGCUGCCAUUUACUGUCUUAUUUCAGGUAGCCACAACUGCUGUGCCUUUAUUUUUGGUGCUAUAUUAAUAUCAUUGCCUUAACUUGAUCGAUACCUUUAUGAAUUUUUUAAAAUGUUGUAAGGAUGUUAUUCUGUGUUGGAUAACCUUGUACUCAUAGCACAUUAAGUUCUUUUUUGGCCAACCUAUAGCACAUCAAGUUGAAUACUGUAAUAUAAUGCAACAAUAGCAAAUCAAGUUCAAAAUCAAAUGGCAAAAUAUGAUGCUGACAUGAGAAAUUAAAUUUCUGACACGAGAAACUAAAUUUAUCUUAAAUGUUGCCUUUGAAAAGGAAUGGAUGAUUGAUAAUGUACUUGUUCCAACAGCAAUGGUUUAUGACCUUGCCAAGGAGUACAAGUAUUUGAAAACUUCAAUCGAUGAAUUUUUAACAGGUGUUUAAUUUGUAGUCCAGAUGUUUUUCUUUGCAAAUGAAACUAUUGUGUCUGCACACCAAACUAUUGAAUAAUGCUUUGAUCCAAAAUAAUUUCAUCUAUUUGUAUUGCUUCUCAGAAUGUUGAAACAAUUGAGAAUUGAGAAUUUAAUUUGUUGUACUCUGUAAUUGAGCUUUAAAUGCAGAACCAGAAAUAAUCUGAAGUCUAGGGAGAAUGUAAUACGACCAUAGCUUUU